UUUAUUGAAAGCAAAAAAAAUACUCUCUUUCGCCUGCUUCUUCUUCUUCUUCUUCAAUGGCGAUGAUAAAUGGUUCGAUUUCGGGCACAUCUCCGGUUCGAUUGGGGUUUUUAGCCUCAGCUUCACCGUCGAGGGGUUUUAUCGCGGUUCCGGUGGUGAAGGGCUGGAGGAGUUCGUGCCGGAGAAGGGGUUUAAGAGCAAUGGUGCAGGAAACAGUUCAAGGAUCUCCUUCAGUUUACGCCAGAGAAAUGGAGCGCCUUUCUGCUAAGGAAUCGCUACUUCUCGCUUUGAAGGAUGCUGGAGGAUUUGAGGCUUUAGUUACAGGGAAAACAACCAAUAUGCAAAGGAUCGAUGUGAAUGAGAGGAUUACGAGUCUAGAGCGGCUUAACCCAACUCCCAGGCCAACCACGUCUCCUUGUUUCGAAGGCAGAUGGAGUUUUGAGUGGUUUGGGUCUGGAAGUCCUGGUUUACUCGCUGCUCGGGUUACAUUUGAGAGGUUUCCUUCAACAAUAGCUAAUUUAUCAAGAAUGGAGAUACUGAUCAAGGAUGCCAACGCAAGGGCGACCGCAAAUAUCAAACUUCUGAACUCGAUAGAAAGCAAAAUCAUUCUGUCAUCAAAAUUGACCAUCGAGGGACCUCUGAGAUUGAGAGAAGAAUAUAUUGAAGGUAUGGUCGAAUCCCCAACGGUCAUUGAAGAAUCAGUUCCUGAACAGCUAAAAGGCGCAUUGGGUCAAGCCGCCACAACGUUGCAGCAGCUUCCUGCUCUUAUCAAGGAUACAUUAGCCAGUGGGCUAAGAAUACCCCUGAGUGGAUCCUAUGAAAGAUUCUUCAUGAUAUCUUAUCUAGACGAAGAGAUUCUUAUAGUAAGAGAUACAGAAGGAGUGCCUGAAGUUCUAACGAGGAUGGAAACACCAUCAUCCACUAUUGUAGAAACUGUUGAAUACGAUAGUUAGAUGUUACUAGCCAAUGUUCUUGUUCCUAUCUUCCUUCUGUGUUACUUACGAGAACCAACCACCAUGUUGGUGUCUGUAAAUGUUUGAAGAUAAUAACGUUAAACUUGAGGCUCAUCUCUCCAUACAUUAAAGCAUAUUCCUUCUCGAUU